AUGGAUGAUGGUACUAUCGUGAUUGCGCGUAUACCGAACCCUAAUGCUGGACCUCCAUUCAUGACAACCGCGUCUGAAGUCGCUACCAUGGAUUUUGCUCGGACUGUCCUUGAGAUCCCCGUGCCAAAGGUCUUGUCCUGGAGCGGGGAGGCUGAAAACCCCGUAGAAUCAGAGUACAUUUUGAUGGAGGAGGCUACUGGAAAUCAGCUCGGUGAGGUUUGGGAUGAGAUGGAGCUUCAUGAUAAGCUCAAGAUUGUGGACGAUAUUGUCGCCAUAGAGAGAAAGUUUCUGUCCCUAUCAUUCACUCGUUAUGGAAAUCUUUACUUCGCAAAUGACGCUUUCCCGGGCUGUGAAAAAGCUGAAAUCAUUGGCGAGGUACCCCACUCAUUGAAGAAAGAGGUGGAGAGCCGAUUCGUCAUAGGCCCAGUCGUUGAUCGAAGUUUCUGGCACCAAGAACGAGCAUCUAUGGGGAUUGAUCGUGGCCCCUGGAAAAGCCCUCAGGAUUAUCUUAGAGCAAUUAGCCAACGUGAGAUUGCCUGGAUAAGCAGUCACGCUGCUCAAAAGUCUCCAGGUGGUCUAUUUGCAACGUCCGAAGCACAGCGCACUCCAGAUGCUCAUAUUGUCCUUUAUAGGAAGUUUCUGGAAGUUGCUGAAUAUCUAUUGCCCAAGGGAGAUCAGAUUAGGCCUACCCUAUGGCAUUGGGAUAUUCAUGCCCCCAAUAUAUUCGUUUACGAAGAUCAUGUUACUAGUCUUAUUGACUGGCAGGAUACAUGGGUCGGCCCUUUGUUCCUUCAGGCACGGCACCCGCGACUUGUAGAUUACAACGGAGAACUCAUGAUGAGGCUACCUGAAAGCUACGGUGCUCUUGAAGAUGAAGACGAAAAAAUCCGUAUUCGGACCCAAGUUGAGAAGUCGAUUGUCCUGUGGACAUACGAAACUGAGACGAAAAAAGCGAAUCCAAUCCUCCAUGACAUUUUACACAUAAAUCAAGGGCGUACAAGGCGCGACACUGUAGACUUUUCUACUAAUACGUGGGAUGGAGACAUCAUUCCCUUUAGGCAAUGUCUCAUCCGCAUAGCACGUCACUGGAACGAGAUCAACACCGAAAUUCCCUGUCCGAUAGAAUUCACUGACGAGGAGAUACAAGCACAUCUCCUGGAUGGGGAAGGCUGGAAUGAGAAUGCGGACUUCUGGGACUCACUCCAGGGGUUUGUACAUCGUGAUGGAUGGACAUCGAACGACAAUUAUGAGCAGGCACUUGAAAUGUUCGCACAGCUUAGAGAGCAGGGAUUGCAGAGCCUGAGUGGCGAGGAACGAUCGGCGUUUGAAGAGAGCACACGCUGGGCUGUAAGAAAACCUAAGUAG